AUGAUCUGCGGUAAUGAGGCCACCAAAAACUGGCUGGGACAGGCAAUGAAGGGACUGGGAGAACUCUGGCAGGGGGCAAACCUGAAAUCGGUUGAAACCAAGCGACCACUGGUGCUGACCUUCAUACCUAGAGCGGAGUCAGUUGAAAAAGAAGUGAUCAGAGCACCACUUAGCAAACAGAACCGGGAGGCAGACUGGAUUUUGAAGUCUAAGAAAGCAAAAAAAGGACUGACGCUGACAUACUUCAUAGAAGAGGCGUCAUUUGGGGCCAACCAAUUCAAGGUGUUUUACGGACUUGCGAGGUUGAAUUUCAAAGUGCUGAGAGGUCUCAAUGGAGGGGAUCAGAGUCCAUCAAAUAAACCUGCAGCCAUGGGAAAGUACGACAUUGCACUAAGUAGAGGGAAAAAUGCAGUCAAUAAAGAGCUAAUAUACAGCAAAUCAACUGAAACUCCCAGAGCUUGUAUCGGUAAAGAUUAG